AUGAUGUCCUUACGCAUAUGUACUGCUGAAUCUUGUAAACGAGCUGCCAGCGCUCUCUGUAUUAGCUGUGAACAAGAUUUUUGCAUCGUUCAUUUCAAUGAACAUUCAGAUUCACUCGUCAUUCAAUGUUUACAGUUGGCUGAUGUAAUUAACAAACUAUUCGAUCAAGUUAAUAAUAUUUCGACAUUUCGACCUGAUUUUCUUAUUGAACUUGACAAAUGGUGUCAAGAAGCACAUCGAGAAGUUAACAAAUUUUGCGAAAAGAAAAAACAAGAAUUUAAAGAAAUUUUUCACAAAGAACAAGAUCAACGGACAACUGAACUCGAUCGAUUACGAGGUCAAAUUACUCAAUUAAUUUUAGAACAAGAAGUAACCGAAGACUUCAUUGAUUCGAUCGACAACUCGAUUCAAUCUCUUCAACGUCAAAUAGAUCAAUUUCAAUCUGCUCAUUUGACUCUUCGUCCACUAGUCAUCGAUGAUGAUCUCGUUGCUUUUCAUCAACAAAUAUCAAGUUAUAAUGAUCUAUUGCCUUUACCGUCUCCACAGCGUACAAUUCAGCUGGAAAACAAUUGGUAUUCUGUCGCCGCUAAAGACAAUUUCCUCUUGGUGCAACACGAUUCGAAACUAUGCAUAUUGGAUGAACAAUUGAAUGUCGUUAAAGAAACUCCAUGGACUCAUCAUAUUAUUCUAGAUAUGUUCUGGUCAAAGCUACUCGCUCAAUUUAUUAUAAUUAGUUUUGAAGGCAUUUUCGUUCUCGAUGAAAACUCAAUGAUCAUCAAUCAAUUGCCAAUUGCUUGCCAUAAUAACAAGAAGACUUGGUAUUGUGGCACGUGUACGAAUAAGAAUUUAUUUCUCUCAGUUGAAGGUAUCAGUUCAUCUAUCUACAAGUAUACUCUUCUGCCAUCAAUUCAAUUGAUCAAAGAGUAUCGAUCACCUAUAUCCUGCAAAGAAGAUGAACGUAUUCAAGAUUUAUCAUCAAGUAAAAAUGUAUUGGCUAUCGUUAUUAAAAAUUACCGAAACGAAGUACACUUCGAUUUGUGUUCAUCAAGAACACUUGAACGACAAUGGUCAAUUGAACUCAAUUGGAUGACUGGUUCGUGUGCAAAUCGAUGUUGCUUGUUGAGACAUGACGAAUG